AGCUAUAGGGUUUAUGAGCUUCGACUAAAUUACAGACGCACUUCACACACAAUGAAGGUGAAAGUGAUUUCUCGCUCUACAGAUGAAUUCACCCGAGAACGAAGUCAGGAUCUUCAGAGAGUGUUCCGCAACUUCGAUCCUACCCUUCGGACGCAGGAGAAAGCCGUCGAGUAUGUUCGUGCUCUUAAUGCAGCUAAAUUAGAUAAGAUAUUUGCGCGGCCUUUCAUUGGGGCUAUGGAUGGGCACAUUGAUGCGGUCUCGGCAAUGGCUAAGAAUCCAGCUAAUUUGAAGUGGCUUUUCUCGGGUUCUAUGGAUGGAGAUGUUCGUCUUUGGGAUUUGGCCACUAGGCAGACAGUAUGCCAGUUUCCUGGUCACCAAGGUGCAGUUCGGGGUCUCACGGCAUCAACGGAUGGUCGUGUUCUUGUGUCGUGUGGGACUGAUUCUACUGUCAGGCUCUGGAAUGUUCCUCUUCCUUCUCACACCCAAGAUGACUCAUUGGAUAACGAUGCCAAGCCACUAGCAACCUAUGUUUGGAAAAGUGCCUUCUGGGGUGUUGAUCACCAAGAGAACGGGGAACUUUUUGCUACAGCUGGAGCUCAAGUAGACAUAUGGAACCACAACAGGUCUCAGCCAAUCAACAGUUUUGAAUGGGGAAAAGAUACAGUUAUUUCCGUGCGGUUUAAUCCAGGAGAACCAAAUGUGUUAGCAACAUCAGGCAGUGAUCGUAGCAUUACUAUAUAUGAUUUACGGUUGUCAUCUCCUGCAAGAAAGAUGAUCAUGAUGACAAAAACAAAUUCUAUAGCAUGGAACCCAAUGGAGCCUAUGAACUUUACAGCUGCAAAUGAAGAUUGCAAUUGCUAUAGUUAUGAUGUCCGAAAAAUGAAUGAGGCAAGAUGUGUACACAGAGAUCAUGUUUCUGCAGUAAUGGAUAUUGAUUAUUCACCAACUGGCCGUGAGUUUGUUACUGGAUCUUAUGAUAGAACUGUCAGAAUAUUCCAAUAUAAUGGCGGUCACAGCCGAGAAAUAUAUCACACUAAGAGAAUGCAAAGGGUCUUUUGUGUUAAGUUCAGCAAUGAUGGAAGUUACAUUAUCUCUGGUAGUGAUGACACAAACCUUCGACUUUGGAAGGCCAAAGCAUCUGAGCAACUGGGAGUUCUUUUACCGAGAGAGCGUAAAAACCAUGAAUAUUUGGAGGCUGUUAAGAAUCGCUACAAGCAUCUUCCCGAGGUCAAGCGCAUAGUCAGGCACAGACACUUGCCCAAGCCAAUCUACAAAGCAGCCUCUCUGCGUCGCAUCAUGACUGAUGCCCAAAGAAAGAAGGAUGAAAGGAGGCGAGCUCACAGUGCCCCGGGCAGUAUCGUGAACAAGCCAUUACGGAAAAGAAGAAUCAUCAAAGAAGUCGAAUGAUUUUUUGGCGGGAUGCAUUACAAUGUGGAUACACCAUUGAAGAAUAUACAUUGUAAGAUUUUGAUCCAUCUUUUCACCCAUAUCUGUAGAUUAGAGAUGCAUCGUAGAUUUGCAUUUUUUUUGUGUAUUUCAAUUGUUUACAUUGAAAUAACAAGAUUUUGCUAAUGUGACAAAGAAAAGUAUAGUUUAUA